AUGGUGAAUAACUCUUCAUUKAUUGUAUCGUCGCCCAAUAUGUGUUUCUUUGAAGAUGUUAUGAUGCAUUACCCGUCCUAUGUAUUUGGUGCAGGUGUUUUGAUAACUAUUCUUAACAUAGUCUCUGCACCAAUUGCUGUAUUGGGUAAUUCAGCAAUUAUUAUGGCUAUCUUGAAGACCCCGGAUUUACACAAUCCAUCAAACUUCCUCAUUGGUAGYCUUGCUGUUGCAGAUKUGAUAACUGGUCUACUAUGCCAGCCGCUGUAUAUCACCUWUAAGAUAGCUGAGUUUUACAAACGUUACGAGACAUUGUGCAUUGGUUUAAUGUUAUCUUCCGUGUCCGGUUGGGCCGCUUCGUCUGUUAGCUGCGCUACGCUGUGUUUUAUUGCUAUUGAGAGAUAUCUAGCAUUACAUUUUCAUCUUAGAUACUAUCAGAUCAUUUCUAUAAGAAAACUUAUUGUACCUGUGGCGUCUUGUUGGGUUUUCUUCACAGUGCUUUCAAUCUCUCGCUUCUUUACCUCCAACRAUUUAGUUUUUACGUGGAUUUCAAUGUCGAGUCUCGUUCUCAUCUUAACCGUCAUAUUCUCAACUUAUGGAAGGGUUUACAAGAUCGUAAGGCGUCAUCGCCGUCAAAUUAAAAGCCAGGGACAAACAUCGUUUUCUGGCUCARCACSAACACAACUCGUGGAUAAGAUUCAGUUUGCWAGUUAYCGUAAAUCCACGUACACAAUGUUUAUCAUACUUGGUUUUUUCCUACUAGCUUAUGUYCCUAUGUUGUUUGCUCAGAUAUCUCAACAAGUCGUAGGAUAUGURUAUAGUACAAAGAUAAUGCAUGAGRUUGCAGCUACUACAGUGUUUACAAACGCUGCUGUUAAUCCUAUUAUMUAUUGCUUACGCAUGCAACAACUUCGUCGCGCAUGCGUGAAGCUUGUACCGUUUUUGAACAGAGAAAAACAUGACUUUGUCGUCCGAGGUGAAUGGAGCACAAGGAAAAGAAAGAUACAUGUACAAGAAAGACUUUAAACGUAUCAAUUGCCAUAUGUGUAUGUAAGCCUCUAUAGAGUCCUGUGSCKAGUUUGGRGCWRGGGUAGUGGCUUGUYAUUUAUUAUAGGCUGUGCGGCAAAUAAAGGAACUUUUCAAAAUUGCUUAUAUCGACACGAAGACUAGUAGAAUAAACAUACAAAAAAUAAUGCAAUUUAUCAUAGUAAAUAGAUUCAUGUCCA